AUGAGAAUCAAGUGCACAGCCAUACAUGAUUCGAACGUUGAGAGACUACAGUCGUGGCGCAAGGGCCUGAAGGAUCAAGAGAAACAAUACGAAGACCUACUGCUGAAAGGUGGCCAGUUAGCAGCCUCUAUAACUCCACGAGACGCGCCACCAGAGAAGCCCUCAGAAAGUCAGGUUUCGUAUUUGUGUAACAAAAUCGCUGAGUGCGUGCAGCAACACUGGGAUGCAAUUCAGCAGGCAUUCAUCGACGCGGACGUCAGCGGAGCCAGUCACGUGCUCUGCACCACAUUCAUGGAAAUAGCAAGGCGUUUUAACUUCCCUCUGACGGACAGAGAGCUGACAGAAAUUUGUCUUCACUUUACUUCCCGGGAGAAAGACUAUCUCAACUACUUGAAAUUCAUGAAGCAUUUCGCCAAAAUAAUCCCCGGUGAGAACCUUUUGCCCACGAAGUAUGACGAACGGACAUAUAAGUUCACAAAUUUAAAAAAUGGAGAAACGCUGACCUUCGCCGAUGUUCACCGAGCACUUCUGAAAGUGUGCAAAGGCAAAUGGCGCACCUUAAAGGAGGCCUUCAAAAAGUUGGACUCCAGACAUCAAGGGAUUUUGACCCUGGAACAAAUCGACGAUAUUCUGAAGAAGCAGGAUAUUCAACUCAGUGAAGGAGACCUGUAUCACCUAUACAGUAGCUUCGACUCAAAAAUGCAUGGGUAUAUAGACUUCAACGAGUUCAAACGGACCUUGCUGAAGACCUAUAAACCGGUGGUUUAACGAAUCGUUGACGUGAUACUGGAUUAUAACACCGCUCCGGCUGAUAUCGCCUACUCACCAGCAGCCCAUGCCACUAAUUCGAAACAAUUUGGCAUCUUUAUUCAUUUGAUCAAACUUGUCCGUUUGCUCGCUCAAGAAGCGAUAUGAACCUCCUGCACACCGCUUAAAAUUAGGGAGAAUAAAAUAAACGAAUGCUGCUCAUCAAACGUAGUAACUAACAUCCACAAAGAACAUGCUUUCUUAUCAAACGCACGACGAAGAUCAGGGCGUCUGCUUGUAACGGCUGUGUGGCUGAAUGAUACUUCACUGCCACUUCCCAUAAACAGCCGUUCACCAGAGUUGCUUCGCAUCAUAAAAUAAAGACAUUGUUAAUUGUUCA